UGCAUAAAUGCACGCAGCAGCUUCCCCGCUGUGUGCAGCGCUUUCGCCGCAUCCCCACUUCUCUGCAGAACCUUGUUUCUCACACACCAGAUCAGUUCCACAGACUGCACAUCUUGCUAGUUGAGAGUCCUCGUGGCGUGGUUGAGUUCUGUGCGGAUCGAUAUGGCGCCCAAGAUGUGUGUCGCGAUAGUGGUCGCGGCGAUGCUAUUCACCGCUGUGGCUGCGCAGACCCAGCCGGACUGCACUGCUGCAGUGCAAACCUUAAUCCCUUGCUAUGCAUACGUGACAGGCUCUGUCGCCGCGCCUGGUGCUCCGUGCUGCCAGUCUCUCAUUACCCUCAACACCAACAACCCCAUUUGCUUGUGCGCGUCCGUGAGCCAGCUAGAUACGCAACCACAGGUGAAUCGGACCAGGGCCUUGGGGCUGGCGAAGGAGUGCAACGUUGCCAUCGACGCUGCGACCUGCCCAGCUUUGGCUACACCGCCCUUGCCUUCUCUGCCUCCUACUCUGCCUCCUCUGCCUGCGGUUCCUCCCACCAUGUUCACCCCUCCCGCCGGCCCAGUGUCUGGUCCCAAGCCCAGCACUCCCCCAGCUGCGUCUGGACCCUCUUCUGGUGGCGCCGUCCCUCCUGCGGCGUCCGGCAGCCCUUCAUCGGGUGCGACCUCUCCUGGUCCCUCUCCUCCUUCUUCCGGAGCUUCGGCGAUCAGAUUCUCACUUGCGCUUUGCGUGGCUGCCGUAGGAGUGCUUGUUCUGGCGUUUUAAUGUGACUGGGUGACUCAUCCUUCAUAGGUAGUAGGUUCUUUUGAUUUGUUCAGUCGGGGGUCAACUCUGCUGAGAUUCAUUCAUUUAUCUUUGGUCAAUAAAAUGGGUAUUUUAAUAUUUCA